UUUGUCACUGAUGAUGUGAGAUUCAAAGGAAGAUUGCUGGUGGAUCAAAACACUGGCUCUCUCACCAUCAGAAACACCAGAAAGAGACACUCAGGACAAUAUAAACUAACAAUCUCUAAAGAAAAGAUCACAUCCAGGAUAUUUAGUGUGGAUGUCUUUGGUGUGGCUGGUGAUACGGGUGGAGUGAAGUCAGUAUCAGUGAUGGAGGGAGAUUCUGUCACUCUUCAGAAUGAUGUUACUGAAUUACAGGAGGAUGAUCUGAUAGUGUGGAGGUUUGGAGAUAAAGGCGUCCUUCUGGCUAAUAUUGAUGUAGAAACGAACGAGGCCUCAAUAAAUGUUGAUGAUGAGAGAUUCAGGAACCGACUGCAACUAAAUCAGACUGGAUCUUUGACCAUCAAAGAUGCCAGAACUGAACACGCAGGACUUUAUGAAGUACAGAUCAGAGGUCGAGAGAGCUCACAGCAAUUCCUUGUUUCUGUCAUCGCUAAGCCUAUUCCUGAUCCGGGUCCAUCUUCUGAUGUCACAGCUGGAAUAGUUGUUGCUGUUCUGCUGGUGGUUGCACUUUUAGCUGCAGUUGUGAUUUACUAUCGCCACAGGAUCUCUAAACUACAAAAACAAGUGGCUGAAGAAAAGAAAUGGUGGUUUGAAGUUCUCUAUCUCACUGAAUUCAGAAAAACCACCAGUGAAGAAAAGGAUAUAGAAUGUGAUGUUGCUGACGGGAGAUUCAGAAACAAACUGGUGCUGAAUACGAAGACUGGAAAUCUCAUCAUCAGUAACAUCAGGACCUUUCACUCUGGACUCUACAAACUACAGAUCAGCCACAAAAAUGGAAAAACUGAAUACUUGAGAUUCAUUGUUACUGUCACUGUGAAGAAAGUGUCAGUGAAGGUUGGAGAAACUGUCACUCUAGACCCUGGUCUUAAAACACUGAGUGGUGAUCUGAUACUGUGGACGUUUGGAGCUAAAAACUGUCUGGUUAUUAAAGCUGAAACAGGAAUCACUGAUAUUAAUGAGAGAUUCAGAGACAGACUGGAUCUGAAUCAUCAGACUGGAUCUCUGACCAUCACAAACACCACAGAUACAGACCUUGGACUUUUUCAACUUCAGAUCAUCAACAGAGACCGGACCAGAUACAGGAGAUUCAAUCUGACUCAUUCUGGUGUGUUUGGUGCUGAAACAGAAGAAGUGAAGUCAGUGACAGUGAAGGAGGGGGAUUCUGUCACUCUGAACCCUGAACGCAAUCAAACACAGGGAUUUAAUAUGAUAGUUUGGAGGUUUGGAGAUAAAGGUACAAUCAUUAAGCGAUGUCUCUGAAAAUAAGCCCUGGUUAAGUA